AACCAAAGACAUAAAACAAAUAAAGCCCCGAUUAGCCAUUGUUUGCUGAAGACUGAAGAAGAAGAAGUAGUAAUAUCUUGUAGAUUUUGCGGCCGCAACACAAAAAGUGAAAAAAGGAAGAAAAUGGCGUCCAACGGGGCGGUGCCGUUCUGGCGUGCAGCCGGCAUGACUUAUAUAACCUACUCGAACAUAUGCGCCAACCUCGUCAGAAACUGCUUGAAGGAACCUUAUAAGACUGAAGCCCUUACUCGUGAAAAAGUCCAUUUCUCCAUCUCCAAGUGGACCGAAGGAAAGCCUGAAAAGCCCACUAUCCGCUCAGAUUCUCCUGAAGAAUGAGUUGCAUGGUUGGUCAUUGAGGUCUCUAGACUGGAAGGAGUUUAAUCUAUUUUUUUGUAAUUUUUCUGUAAUGUCCAAAGCAUGUGGACAAAUUUCAAGCUUUGAGAUGAUUCUGCAUUUUCAUAAUAAUGUACUUUGCAAAUAAACUGAAGUUGGUCCUUCGUGGAAGUUCUUCUGUCAGGUUUUUUCAGCUGCACCUUCAAAAACAUUGUCUUGUUUUAGGGGUGUGAUUGUGCUUUAUGAUUUUUAUGAUUAUUGGUGGAAUGAUUCUUCGUGCAUGCCCACUUGCUGUGUGUGGAAUGGUCAUAUUU